UGUCUACAAAAACUAAAAAAACUUAAUAUUUAUUCUGGUAUUUAAAUGUGGAUAUGUACGUAUGUAUGUAUGGAUGUAUGCAUAUCUAGUAUAUUGGCUUUAAAUUUGUGCUUAAUAUGUUCGUAAUUAAAACGCUAAGUGUCUUUCUGCGUGAUUCGGGCGCGCAGUUUGAGAGCAACACGCUCUCACUUAAGAUGUGUGUCGCGGGAAGAUCGCCCAUGAUCGGAUUGUCAACGCCCAAGGUCCCUUUCACAACGCAGCUGGCAAAGUUCUAAAACCACGCACUACAUACAUACAUACAUACAUAUGUAUCCGGUAGGAAACAACGAGAACUGUGUGUGUCUUAAGGCGAACCGCUUGGCGUUUAUUCCGUUAUAAAUAACUCGAUCAAAUGAACUAAUCGCGGCGCCGCUUAUCUCAUCAGCAUUAAAGGCAUCCACUUGUUUCGCCCGCGUUCACUAUGUGUUGGUGUUUGCGCGUCUACUGGACCGUUUUGUAUAAUUUGUUCGCGCGCUUCGUGGCGAAUGUGGUCAAUUCUGUUUACAAAAACGAUAUGUGUUGGUGUUUUUCGUGUUGCUCCCGUUCUGUUUGCUGUUUUUGUUGUGAUCACUGUUUGGUUUACAAACAAACCCAACGAGUUUCAAGUGAGCUAAACGCCGGCGAGGAAACUGAGUUCGCGAUGAGAAGUGGGGGAGAAAUUCAAACAAGAACGACGUCACCAUUCUCACAUCACGAUUAUGUCAUAGUUGAUGACAUUGAUGCGAAUUACCUUCAAAUUGAGCGUCGGAAAAUUGAGACAGAACCCUAUUAUCGUCUAGUUGAUCGUGCAACGGCUGAGGAUAUUUUGAGCAGCAGGGAAGAUGGUUCUUGUUUAGUGCGGCCAUUUAAAGAAGCGGACUUCUCAGUUAAAUACAUCGUAACGGUUUAUGCGCAGCAGCAAUAUUUCCAUCUUUUCAUAAGGCAAAUAAACGGCAAAGACCUGUACGGCAUAGGUCAACAGAAGCCAAAUGAGAGGAUCUUCAGUUCACCCAGCGAUAUAAUCGACUUCUACGGCUUUAAUACAUUACAAUGUACAAAUAAAAACACCAGUGUAAGUUUAGUACUAAAACCCAUAGUUUCAUAGAACUACGCAAAUGUACAUAAAGUAGUUUAAUGGACUUUAAAUAGUUAUUUAUUUAUUUCUAGAUAUACGUAUACAUGUAUGUUUGUAUUACUUUCUGUUUUGGUUAUUAAAAACUAAAUAUGUACAAAUUAGAAUUGACUUAGGCACUACUUUAAAA